AAAGCGAACGCGAACGCGCACGCACACCGUCACCCUCGCUUCUCUCACACCCAGAGCAGCAGCAGCAGCAGCAGCGGAGGAGGGUAGAGAGGAGCACGGAAGCGCUCGGAUCUCCUCCUGAGAUCCACCCCUCCGAACCGUAGCCCUCCGAUCGACGCUCUACGAAAUCUCAGCUAGUUGGAGCGGUCUAAAAUUCAUACUUCGUGACAAGGACUCGCUUGUUGCAUGUUUCAUCAGUCAGCAGGAGUAAGCUUUCUUACUGUUCUAUAAGGUUCCCUUGAGCUGUAAAUGGCUGUUUCAGAUACUCAGAAUCCAUUAUUAGGUGAAACAACAUGCGGAUCUUUGCUGCAGCAGUUGCAGCUAAUAUGGGACGAGGUUGGUGAAAGUGAUGAAGAACGCGAUAGGAUGUUGCUUCAGCUAGAGCAAGAGUGCUUAGAGGUAUAUAAGAGGAAAGUUGAGCAGGCUUCAAAGACAAGGGUCCUUCUUCUGCAGUCCUUGGCUGAUUCGAAAGCUGAGCUUCUCAGACUGCUUUCUGCUCUUGGAGAAAAGUCUUUUGAUGGCAUCCCUGAUAAAUCCUCUGGCACAAUCAAGGAGCAACUAGCAGCUAUAGCACCACUUCUGGAGCAACUGUGCAAGCAGAAAGAGGAUAGGAUAAGAGAAUUUGCUGAUGUGCAACUGCAAAUUGAGAAGAUCCGUGGAGAAAUUGCUGGAACUUCAAUAAUUGGUGAGCAAAUGAGGACACCAACAGUUGAUGAGGAGGAUUUGUCACUGAAAAAGCUGGAUGAGUAUCAGCAACAACUGCAAGAACUCCAGAAAGAAAAGAGUGAUAGGCUGCACAAGAUCCUUGAUUUUGUUAGCACAGUUCAUGAUCUGUGUGCUGUUCUGGGGUUGGAUUUCUUCAGUACGAUAACUGAAGUUCAUCCUAGCUUAAAUGACUCUGUUAGUGUACAAUCAAAGAGCAUCAGUAAUGAUACCUUAUCCAAGCUUUCUGGGAUGGUCAUGGUGCUUAAAGAAGAUAAAAAAAUGCGACUAAAAAAGCUUCAAGAGUUAGCUGCUCAGCUUACUGAUCUUUGGAAUCUGAUGGAUACACCAAUGGAAGAGCAGAGUCUGUUUAGUCAUGUAACCAGUAAUAUGUCUGCUACAGUGGAUGAGGUCACUGUUCCUGGAGCUCUCGCCCUUGACCUGAUUGAGCAGGCUGAAGUGGAAGUUGAAAGGUUAGAUCAGCUAAAGGCAAGCAAGAUGAAGGAAAUAGCUUUCAAGAAACAAACUGAACUUGAAGACAUUUACACUCAUGCUCAUGUAGACAUCGAUUCUGCAGCUGCAAGAGAUAAAAUAUUGGCUCUAAUUGACUCUGGAAAUGUUGAACCUUCAGACUUACUUGCAGAAAUGGAUAACCAGAUAUUGAAAGCUAAAGAGGAAGCAAUGAGCAGGAAAGAAAUUUUGGAAAAGGUUGAAAAAUGGAUGUCAGCAUGCGAAGAAGAAAGCUGGCUUGAAGACUAUAAUCGGGAUGAUAACAGAUAUAACUCGAGUAGAGGUGCACAUUUAAAUCUGAAGCGUGCUGAAAAAGCUCGUGUAUUGGUUAACAAGAUUCCAGCUCUUGUUGAUAUGCUGGUUGCCAAAACUCGUACAUGGGAGGAGGAUCGUGGCAUGCCAUUCACCUACGAUGGUGUUCCACUUCUUGCGAUGCUAGACGAAUACACCAUGCUAAGGCAGGAAAGAGAGGGGGAGAAACGAAAGCAAAGGGAUCAAAAGCGCAUCCAUGAGCAACUUGCCACCGAACAAGAAGCUUUGUUCGGUUCAAGGCCAAGUCCAGCCAGGCCGCUUGGUCCGAAGAAGGUGGUGGGGCCUCGCCCAAAUGGCAGUACAUCAAAUGGGACCCCAAGCCGGCGGCUAUCCCUCAAUGCCCAUCAAGGCAGUGCUAACGGUGUUCGAUCUAUGAGCAGGGAUGGAAAGCGAGACAGCAACAGGCCUGCAGCUCCAGUGAACUACGUCAAGGAGGAGGCAGCCUCCCAAAUGUCUGCCACUGAACAAGCUCCAGCUUCACCAUGACUACAUUUGCACCUCUUCUCCUUCUCAAUUGAUGCAGUCGUUGUUAGGUUGUGAUAAGUUGAUCUACUUGACCGAGGAAUCAGCUCUAUACUUAUAAACUGUGUCCUGUUUACUUUCCGAACAUAAUAUUUGUCAUUGUAAUUAAAUAAGCAUGCCUUGUAUUACUUCAUUUCUGGUGAAGACUACGCUUAAUUAACAGAA